AUUUCCUCAUAUGUUACGGCUAGCGGCGCUGAAUGAGCCCUUCACCGGCGACAUGCAUGGUGUGCGGGGAGCAGACUACGCUUGCUACAGGCAGGCUAGGAGGGCAGGCCUGAAAGGUACCUUUAGGGCACUUCUGACUUCUCGGGUCCAGAAUCUUGAUUCUAUUGUCAGAUAUUCCGACAGGGACCUGCCAGUUGUUAAUCUUAAGGGUGAGGUGCUCUUCAAUGCAUGGAGUGAGGCAUUCUCAGGUUCAGGUGGGGUCUUCGUGCAAAAGCCUCGCAUCUUCAGCUUUGAUGGCAAAGAAGUUUUGACUGAUCCAACAUGGCCCCAAAAGUAUGUGUGGCAUGGAUCAGACCUGGAUGGUGAAAGGUCUCUGUCAUCCUACUGUGAUGCCUGGAACAGUGAUACACAGGAAACCAUAGGUCUGGCCUCCUCAAUGCUGAAGAAACGGCUGCUAGGCCAGGAGCGCAUGAGUUGUCACAAUUCUUUCGCCGUGUUAUGUAUUGAAGCAACCAGUCAGACAAGGUAUCGGCGGAGACGCCAUGCAGGCUCCAGGGAGCAGGAACUGACCAUCCAGCAGUACCAAGAAUUCCUUAAGUCCCUAAAUACAGACCAAGAUGACUUGAACCAGUGAGGGACUUUUUCAGGGACACAAAAUAAGUAAAAACAAUUUUAAUUUUAGUUUAAAUGGUCUCAUAACAGUAGUGCACAAUACAUAUGUUACAAGAAAAAUGAGGAAAAUCUUAUUACAUAUGUUUUUUAGAAGCAAUGUGUAAAAUGUCAUGUGUUUGCAGGUUAUGUAUGGUACUCCUUGAUCAUGGUACAGUAAUCGUUUUAUGUAUGUACUGUAUACACAUUUACGUUGAGUCACAGUAUGAAAUCAAAGGGUGUGUGUGUAAGAAGUUUUUGAAACACAGUGUGUAUGUCAACACUUAUGGUGGUGUAAACAAUAGAGGAAGCACCGUAUAUAUAUAUUUUGGGAUCUCGCUACCAGACUGAAUAAAUUUUCUGGAAGGUGCUUGAUCAGGCACUGAUGGAUAAUAAUGUAAAGAAUACAGACUUAAUGGUGUCUAAGUUUUGCAUUUUUAAACUUUUACACUUGAGUUCUCCUUUAUUACAAUUUAAACUACUUACAAAAUGUUUUUCCAGUUAUGUUAAAAACAGGAGUAAUAUACUGUAGGUGGUUAAAUUGGGAAAGAAAUUUAGUUCUUGACCUUAGAAUUUUAUUAUUUAUGUAGUGUGUAACAUUUUAAGAAUCAAAAUAAGAAUUGUUAGCAAGCACAUGACAAUGCAUGUGGUGUCACACCUUAAAAUAUAGAUCACUUGGAUUAUCCUCUAUGUAUUAACAGUUCUUCCAUGAAUCUGUAGGUGUAGUAAGCCAAUCAUAAGAAAAAGACUACAUUUUCAUUAUCUAGAAAGAUAGAAUUAUCAUCAAAAUGUUUUAUGAGGAUUUACGUCACAUUCAAAACUACUUGCCUCUUACAUUUUCUGCAUCUCCUAGAUCUGGGAGCUUCUAAAGUUUUAUGUUAGACAAUUGAGAGGUCAGCUUUAAAAUGUACUGUCAUAAUUACAAUAGUCAACCAGUAGUACAGGUUAUUUGCUAAAAGUCAUUAAAACAAGAACUGUGCCCAACUCUAAGAUAUGGCAAGACAAAAGUAACAUGCUUAUGUUUCACAAUGAGAAAACUGAUCAGAUGAAAUUGGAUCCUUUGUAAACCACAUGCGUCUUCAACAGCGAUCACAUACAUCUGGAAAAAACUGUCCAAUUUGGGGAAAGACCAUUAUGAAAGUGAAAUAAAAAGUCACUUUUAUUUCCUCAAAUUAGUUUUUUCCAGAUGUAUGUAAUUGCUGUUGAAGACGCAUGUGGCUUACAAAGGAUCCAAUUUCAUCUGAUCAGUUUUCUCAUUGUGAAACAUAAGCAUGUUACUUUUGUCUUGCCAUAUUUUAGAGUUGGGCACAGUUCUUGUUUUAAUGACUUUUAGCAAAUAACCUGUACUACUGGUUGACUAUUGUAAUUAUGACAGUACAUUUUAAAGACGACCUCUCAUUUGUCUAACAUAAAACUUUUAGAAGACUUAAAGAAAUGAUUGUUUUUGUUUGUUUGGUUCUUGAAUAUAAGUAUAAAAUGUUAAUCAUAACUCGCCACCAUUACUGAAGAUCUGACUAGAUGGUUGAAGUAUGUCAAGUUUGUGUGUGAAUAUGUCGUGAGGCAUUUCAUGUAAACAUAUCCAUAGUUAGGGGCAUGCAUGUAGCCGACUUGUGGAUUAGCAGAAACAUAUUUUCCUGCCUGCACUGCCCUGAUGAGUCAUAUUGUAUUUAAAAUUAUAUUAAGUGUAAGGGAGAUAUGUAAGUUAUGUUUAAAUAACUAUAUCAUUACUGAUGUUCCUGCCGAGCAUAGUAUUGAACAAAGUUAACUAUGAGGGAAAAAUGCUUGAAUGAAUAUAAUAUGAAGUCUUUAGUGCAAUUCAUAAGCACAAAUUAUAUUAUUUAUUGAAUGUGAA